AUGGCACAGCAAACUCCCCAGUCACAGCCGUCACUACCCUCGUUGCCGGCCCAUCUCCAGUCGGACACUCACAUAACAGCACAUUUGGCCUCCCGUUUCCACUUGUCUUUGCCCACCGCUACAAUCAGUUCCCACGCCAUAGUUGCAUUGAAUACUUAUACUGCCCCCGAUGCCGCUAGUGUGGAGUUGGAAGCAUUGGCAGGUCGUAUAUGGAGACGGCUUGGCGGAAGAGGAGAGAAUCAAGCUGUUCUGUUUCUUGGUGAAUCUGGGGCUGGGAAGACAACUUUGAGGUCACUUCUUUUGUCUCAUCUUCUUUCUUAUACAUCAACCCCACUAUCUCAGAAAAUAUCCCUCUUCAGCUUUCUCUUCGACUCCCUCACUUCGACUAAAUCUCUCACCACACCUACCGCAUCCAAGGCGGGACUCUUUCUUGAACUCCAAUAUGACAACAUAUCUCAAACUUUGAUCGGAGGAAAGCUUUUGGAUCAUCGUUUAGAGCGUUCUCGUGUUGCUGGUGUGCCCACCGGAGAGCGCAAUUUCCAUAUUCUGUACUAUCUUCUUGCAGGUACAUCGGAUGCCGAAAAGGCGCAUUUGGGGUUGAAUACCCCCGCCACAUCUGCUGCGGGAAACAGACAUAGCAGCGGGGAAAUGAGGAAUGGAGCUGGUCAAAAGAGGUGGAGGUAUCUCGGUCACCCAACGCAACUCAAGGUUGGGAUAAAUGAUGCGGAAGGCUUUGCACAUUUCAAGACUGCUCUAAGAAAACUUGAAUUCCCUCGACAAGAGAUUGCAGAGGUUUGCCAAAUGCUUGCAACUAUCCUCCAUAUCGGCCAACUCGAGUUUGCAAAUUCCCAUGCUACCAUGGCAAAAGGAGAAGAUUCGGGUGCAAUGGAAGGGGGCGAUGCAGUUGUUGUCGUAAAGAACAAGGACGUCUUGGGCGUAAUUGCUGCCUUCUUAGGCGUUAGUCAGGAGGCUAUGGAGAACAGCUUGUCUUAUAAGACGAAAACCCUGAACCGUGAGAGAGUCACUGUGAUGCUGGACGCAAGAGGUGCCAGAGCCCAUGCGGAUGAGCUAGCCAGGACCCUAUACUCGCUCCUUGUAGCCUGGAUCAUCGAGUCUGUCAACGAAAGACUUUGCGCAGUUGAGGAUGCGGUUGCCAACACCGUUUCCAUCAUCGAUUUCCCUGGUUUCUCUCAAGUAUCGUCUACUGGCAGUACUUUAGAUCAGCUCCUAAACAACGCUGCAACAGAGAGCUUAUACAAUUUCUGCCUUCAAAGCUUCUUCGACAGAAAAGCCGAGCAGCUUGAAAGUGAGGAAGUCGGUGUGACUGCCACAAGUUAUUUCGAUAAUUCAGAUGCGGUCCGUGGGUUAUUGAAGCACGGGAACGGGCUUCUUAGUAUUCUGGACGAUCAAACACGACGUGGAAAGACCGAUACACAGUUUCUUGAGAGUUUAAAGAAGAGAUUUGAUUCAAAGAAUAAUGCUGCUAUUACCAUUGGCAGCUCUUCCGCUGCGAACAGCUUCUCCAUCAAGCACUUUGCAGGAGAGGUCGAAUACCCAGUCGCCAGCCUCAUUGAAGAAAACGGAGAAGUUAUCUCUGGAGAUCUUAUGAACCUGUUCCGUGGCACAACGAGUGAUUUUAUAACCGAUUUGUUCAGCAGCAAAGCUGUCACUACAGUUCAGCAUCCCCGUGAAAAGACCGCAAUCAUGCAGGGACAAAUUUCAUCGCGGCCCUUGCGAAUGCCCAGUGUAAUGCGUAAGAAGGGCGAGAGACCAAAUAUCAAGGGUGUAGGAGAGUCUAAGACUCCAAACCUAGAUUCAGACGUAUCAGCCUCUUCACCCGAUCAAGGUGCAGCCGCUCAAUUCGUUAGUGCCUUGGAUACAGUUACAAGGUCUCUCACUGGAACGAACACAAACCCUUAUUUCGUGUUUUGUCUCAAGCCCAACGACAGGAGAAUCGCCAAUCAAUUCGAUUCUAAGUGCGUGCGAACACAAAUCCGAACAUUUGGGAUUGCCGAGAUCUCGCAAAGGAUACGAAAUGCGGACUUUUCGGUCUUCUUGCCAUUUGGUGAGUUCUUGGGCCUCGCGGAACCAGAGAGCAAUAUUGUUGGUAGUGAAAAGGAAAAGGCAGAGCUUGUGGUCGAAGAGAGGAACUGGUCUAUGAACGAAGCUAGAGUAGGUGCUACAGGUAUCUUUUUGAGUGAGAACUGUUGGGCAGAAGUUGCACAAAUAGGUGAACAUGCUGGAGCUAAGAGAUACGCUUCUGGAGGAUUUUUGGGUGACGGCGAGGAGCCAGGGAGUACACCCAUGACGCCUGUAGGUGAGACCGCCCGAGGCGGCGGUUUGUUUGGAGGUUCAGACUCCAGGGUGAGGUUAAUUCCUGGACAUGGAACUCCUAGUCCCGGAGGACUAGGCACUCACAUUUACGGCACUGGAGAGGCUGGGAAGGGCUAUUUUGCCAAAUCGGAUGAUUUGAGAUCCGAAGCUGCAGCGUCUGCUUUCCACUCAGGCGACAUGUUUAAGAACUUUGAUACUCGAGAACAGAUGGCAGAGAAGGGUGCUGCUGCCAGAGAGCAAGAAAUCGAAGAGCUGCCGGUAACACCAGGUCGUAAAAGAUGGAUGUUCAUGGUGUGGUCCGUUACAUGGUUUAUCCCAGACUUCGUACUCCGGUGGGUUGGAGGUAUGAAGCGAAAAGAUAUUCAAGUAGCGUGGCGAGAAAAGCUUGCUAUCAAUCUCAUGAUCUGGUUCAUGUGCUUGUUGUCAGUCUUUUUCCUGAUCUUCUUUCCCCAACUUAUUUGUCCCAAGCAAAACGUCUUUACUCUUCAGGAACUAUCUUCGCACGAUGGCGGGAAAAACCACAUGGAAGACACGGCUUACAUCGCAAUCCGCGGUGUUGUUUUUGAUCUCACCUCAUUUGUUCCGGCUCAUUUCCCUACUCUUGUCACUUCAAAGAAUCUUCUGGCGUAUGGCGGGAAGGACGCAACUUCUCUUUUUCCUGUCCAGGUCUCGGCUCUGUGCAAUGGUGUCACUGGAUCCGUCAGCCCAUAUGUUACUCUCGAUUUCCAGGGAACGAACGCUACAUCCGAUAGAACGGUUGAUAAGAACGCCAAAUACCACGAUUUCAGAGCUUUCAGGAACGACUCUCGUCCUGAUUGGUUUUUUGAACAAAUGAUGGUUCUUAAGGCAAACUAUAAGAAAGGAAAUAUCGGAUAUUCUUCUCAAUAUGUUAGAACGCUUGCAGACAGAAACAAUAACAUCGCGAUCAUCGGGGACCGUGUUUAUGACAUGACAGACUAUAACAAAGGUGGACGAAGAAUCGAAAGGCCAGAAGAUGGAUCCGAGAUUGAUGUUCCCUCCAUCAGCACUGAUUUCAUGGAUGAUUCAGUCAGAGAUCUCUUCGCUGGCCGUGCUGGUGAAGACAUCACCAAGUAUUGGAAUGCACUCCCAAUGUCGGCUGACCUCAAGAAACGCCAGAAGGUCUGCCUUGAUAACCUCUUCUAUGUUGGAAACGUCGAUACCCGUAAUUCCCCCCAGUGUCAAUUUGCUACGUACCUCCUACUUGCCAUCUCACUUAUGAUGGUUGGUGUCAUUCUGUUCAAGUUCUUUGCUGCCCUUCAGUUCGGUCGUAAAACUAUGCCGGAGAACCUUGAUAAGUUUGUCAUGUGCCAGGUACCAGCCUAUACCGAAGAUGAAGAGUCUCUCCGCCGUGCAAUCGAAUCUCUUGCAAGGAUGAAGUACGAUGAUAAGCGCAAGCUUUUGGUUGUCAUUUGUGACGGCAUGAUUAUCGGUCAAGGAAACGAUCGGCCUACUCCCCGUAUCGUUUUGGAUAUCCUUGGUGUCGCGGAAAAUGUCGAUCCGGAACCAUUGAGCUUUGAGUCUCUCGGAGAGGGCAUGAAACAACACAACAUGGGCAAAAUCUAUUCAGGGUUGUUCGAGGUUCAAGGUCAUAUCGUUCCCUUCCUUGUUGUCGUCAAGGUUGGAAAGCCAUCAGAAGUUUCCAAGCCUGGUAACCGUGGAAAGCGUGAUUCUCAAAUGAUCCUCAUGAGAUUCUUGAACCGCGUCCACUACAACUUGCCCAUGAGCCCUAUGGAGUUGGAAAUGCACCACCAGAUUCGAAACAUCAUUGGAGUUAACCCGACAUUUUACGAGUUUCUAUUUCAAAUUGAUGCCGAUACUGUUGUUGCCAACGACUCAGCUACUCGCAUGGUCGCUGCUUUCCUUGCUGACACGAGAAUUAUUGCUCUAUGUGGAGAAACCGGACUUACCAACGCCAAACACUCGUUUAUCACCAUGAUUCAGGUAUACGAGUACUACAUCUCUCACAAUCUCGCAAAGGCAUUUGAAAGUUUGUUUGGGUCUGUUACCUGUCUACCCGGUUGUUUCUCAAUGUAUCGUGUCCGUGCCGCCGAGAGUGGAAAACCAUUAUUCGUCAGCAAGGAGGUCGUUGAAGCCUACUCAGAAAUCCGUGUUGAUACAUUACACAUGAAGAACCUUCUACAUCUUGGUGAGGAUCGUUACUUGACAACCCUUCUCCUCAAGCACCACAACAAUUACAAGACCAAGUAUAUUUUCAACGCACAUGCCUGGACCAUUGCGCCUGAUGAGUGGAGCAUUUUCAUGUCCCAGCGUCGUAGAUGGAUUAAUUCAACCUUACACAAUCUCAUGGAAUUGAUGCCUAUGCAGCAACUAUGUGGUUUCUGUUGUUUUUCAAUGAGAUUUGUUGUCUUCCUUGACUUGCUCAGUACCAUCAUCCAGCCAGUUACUGUGGCAUACAUUGUCUACCUCAUUGUCAUGGUUGCUACCAGUUCAUCUGUUGUGCCGAUGAUGGCCUUCAUCCUGCUCGCGGCUGUCUAUGGUUUACAAGCAAUUAUUUUCACUCUCAGGAGGAAGUGGGAAAUGAUCGGAUGGAUGGUUCUUUACGUCAUUGCUAUCCCGGUCUUCAGUUUUGCGCUCCCGCUCUACUCUUUCUGGCACAUGGACGAUUUCUCAUGGGGUAAUACCCGUAUUGUCACUGGUGAAAAGGGUCAAAAGAUUGUCAUUUCAGAUGAAGGCAAAUUUGAUCCUGCCAGUAUUCCUCGCAAGAAGUGGGAAGAUUAUCAAGCAGGUCUCUGGGAAGCACAAACACUCCGUGGUCAUGAUGAUACUCGCUCAGAGGCUUCCGGCUAUUCAUACGCUACCAAAUCAUAUGCCCCAACACAAUCCGAGUGGGGCUACCAAAGUAGGCCGAUGUCACAGUUAGAGCUUCCUAUGCGCAACCAAAGUCGCAUGAGCAUAGCACCCUCAGAAAUGAUGUCCCAGCGGGGAUCUGCCUACUUCGGUCAUGGCGAAAUGGAAAUGUCAAAUAUUGACCUUCCAAGUGACGAUGCCAUUCUUGCGGAAAUCCGGGAGAUCCUUAGGACCGCAGACUUGAUGACUGUUACGAAGAAGAGCAUUAAGGCGGAACUAGAGAGGAAGUUUGGAAUGAGUUUGGAUGCACGAAGGGCGUAUAUUAAUUCUGCUACGGAAGCUAUUCUGGGUGGAAACUUAUAG